AUGCGCGGUAGCAUUGAAAGUCAAUCCAUCAGACUUGAAGUAACCAGCGCAAAAAAUCUUCAAGUCCCUUCUGAGCGCAUUCCCGCAGGCAUUUACAUAUGCGUCAAUGUCGACUCGAGCAGACGCUGGAAAUCAGCCAUCCGAGUCCCAUUAUUCGAUAGGUCUGUGUCGUGGCGAGAUACCGUGACCCUAUCACCACCUACGUCACCUGCAUUAUCAGUGGAGAUCAGAGCGUCCUACGAGGUCGAUCGAAUGCUAGGCAACGGUGAAGUCAUAGGAACACUGGAAACAUCGUGGGAUGAGCUCCUCGAUCAUAGCGAUGAGCCAUUCGAGUUGCCCUUCCCACCUAUUCGUGGUGUCAACCCUUCCCUCACGCUGAAGGCCGCUCUUGUGCACGCUUGCAAUAAUCUGGACGGCGCACUAUUUGAUUUUUUCUUAGACCGCAAGAUUGCUAGAGACACAGAUGCGGGUCACGCACGACUUGCCGAAUAUAUGACAUACAGGACUGUCUAUCACCUGAAUGAUGCUGUACAUCAUUUUAAGUUGGUUCUUGGCCAGUGUCCGGUUGACCAUCCUGACUAUGCAGCAGCUCUGACCAACCUCGCUUGGGCACGCCUUCAAGGUUAUAUUCAAGAGGAUGUUGAAGACAUUGAUACCAUCACCUCCCUCUUCUGCGAAGCCCUUGCUUUGCGUCCGCAGGGCCACUCUGACCACACAUUAUCUUCCUAUCAUCUCAUUACAUCAUUGAAUUGGCGCUACAGCAAGCAGCAAUCCGCCGUCUACAUUCAGGAAUCCGCGCAACUGUGCUGCAAGCUACUGCCCCUCUGUCCAGAGGGCACCUACCUUCGUAGUAUCGGGGUAAACAGCGCGGUCGAUUAUGUUAUCAGCGCAUGCAACAAUCUUCCCAUCGACGCGUCUGAUGAGGGCAUCCACCUUCGACGAGUCGUGCUCGAGCUCAGUCCUCCGGGCCAUCGACAUCGUCCAUUUUCCCUCACAAGGCUAGCACAGGCAGCGGAAGCACAUUUUCAACAAUGCGGCAGCAUUGAUGAUAUAGAUGAGAGCAUACAACUUGGACGUGAAGCUGUUUCUCUGUGCCCCGAGGGACAUUCUGACCGCAACACCUUCCUGAAUAAUUUGGCCUCGUCACUCCAGUCCCGCUUCGAUCACCAAGGCAAUUAUCAUGACCUCAAUGAGGCCAUCUUUAUGCACGAAGAAGCGCUGCGCCUGUGCCCUGUUGGGCAUGAAAAUCGUGAUUUCUCAUUGGGAAACCUGGGGGGCGCCCUCCGCGCCCGUUUCAAUAAACAUGGUGACGUUGGUGACAUCAACCGAGCUAUCAGCCUCCGUCGUGAGGCACUGACGUUGCGCCCACCUGGGCAACCACGUCGUGAUACCAUGCUUGCCAACCUUGCUCUCGCGCUCGACACCAGAUAUGACAAAUUGCAUGUCAUCGAAGAUCUUCACGAGGCCAUUGAGCUGUAUCGUGAAUCCCUUUGGGUAAUGCGACUUGAUCAUCCCGCGCGCCAUAGAAAUCUUAACAAUUUGAGCUCUGCGCUCCGCUCUCGUUUCACGCGAACUGGGAGGAAUGAAGAUGUUGAAGAGGCCAUUCGACUCUGCCAAGAGUCACUUGCAGCUCUGCCUUCACUGCACCCGGAUAGAUAUUUCAGCUACAUGUGGCUGAAGAAUGUCUAUCUGUCUCGUUAUCAGAUGAAGCACAACCCUACUGAUUUAUCACUUGCGGUGGAAAAUUACAAACUGGCAUCAAGACACCCUACGCAAGGCUUGCCGCAGCGUAUCAUUUUGUCAUAUAAAUGGACUGUUCACGCGGAGCAGUAUGGUGAUGGAUCCGCACUGGAGGCUUACUCAACAUUUUUUGAGCUUCUGGAUGCUCAUUUGGCAACAAGGUCAUCACCAGCUUCACGGCGCGAAGCUGCUGCUGCCUUCCAUUAUGCCAGAUCGCUCCCCGUAGAUGCAGCCUCGUGUGCCAUACGCCGUGAUGAUAUACGACACGCAGUUGAACUCGUGGAGCAGGGUCGUGGCCAACAGUGGUCGUUGGCCUCUCGCCUUAGGAGUCCACUUGAAGACCUCAAGUCCACGAAUCCAAAUCUAGCUCACAAGUUGUCGGAACUCAGUAGGUAUCUGUUUAGCGCUCAAGGUUCCGCAGGCAGCACAGACCGAGCUGCUGCUGAUCGAGCAGCAACAAAGUACAGGAAACUUACGGAGCAGUGGGACGUUGCGGUAGCUCAAAUCCGUCAUCUUGAAGGUUUCUCGCGAUUCCUACUCCCACCUUCGUACGAAGACUUGCAAGCGGCAGCACGCCAUGGCCCAGUCAUCAUUCUCAUUGGGAGUGAAUACUCGUGCAGUGCCAUCAUUAUCCCGACGUCAGGAGAGCCCCGCCAGGUGCACUUCCCGCGCAUCACACUCUCACAUCUAGAGAAGCUCAAGGAUGAUUUCACUACAGCAAUCCGGCACACAACUCGAAUGCGCCCAGAGGAGCCGAGGAAGAAGUUGCGAGUACUCUUGCGAAUAGUGUGGGACGAGAUCAUGCUACCCAUUGUUAGUAUACUCCAGCAUGACCUGAAAUUGUGGUGUCGGUCUCGGAUAUGGCUGUGUCCGACAGCAGCCUUCACGUCCAUCCCUCUCCAUGCAGCUAAUCCCUUCCGAAUGAACGCAGAUCGCUCUGGGAAGGAGUCAUGUCUGGAGGAUCUGUACAUCUGCUCUUAUACGCCCACACUUUCGGCUCUUAUUAGAGCUCGGCAGGCAAUGAAGACGCGCGCAACUCCGUCCUUCGCAGCAAUUGGACAAAGUCGACCGGGCGCAGGGCAAGGUGACGUGCUCCCCGCUGUCGACAGCGAGCUUGAGCUUGUCCAUACACUCGUCCCCGCAACGGCCAACCCCACCACUCUCUCUGGCAACAAUGCCACUCGAGCAGGUGCGCUUCGGGCUUUGCAAGAGAACACCUGGGUGCACCUUGCUUGUCACGGCAAGCAAGACCUUGAGCAGCCUUAUGACUCCUCUUUCGCAAUGAGAGACAAACCCCUCACGCUGCUCGAUAUUAUGGAGAUACACAUUCCGCACGCCGAGUUCGCAUUCUUGUCGGCGUGUCAUACUGCCGUCGGCGAUGAGGAGACACCCGACGAAGCCAUCCACCUCGCAGCUGGACUCCAGUUUUCUGGUUUCAAGAGCGUCAUCGGCACGCUGUGGGGAGUCAGUGACGCUCUCGCAAAACACGUUGUCGAAGCCUUCUACGAGAAUUUUUUCAAGGAUUUGGAGGAUGGGGGUGUCAUGGACUGCACAAAAGCAGCCUGGGCACUCAAUCGUGCUACACAUGCUGUGACGACGAAAGUGCCGCUGGAGCAGAGGAUGGUUUUCAUUCAUAUCGGUGUGUAG